CGACAAAUGCAUAACGCAGGAGCAUUUGUGCGACGGGAAAAUCGACUGUCCGUGGGGACAAGACGAGAGGAAUUGCCUGCGAAUGAGCGAAAGGAAUGGCGACGAAGGCAAAGGCCAGUUGGAGGUGUACAAGCCAGAUCAGGAAAAAUGGGUGCCAGCCUGUGUGGUCCAUUGGGAUGAGAGAUCAUCAGCGAGAACUAUAUGUCAGCUCCUGGGUUACUCAGUGGCGAACUAUAGCAGACUACUUCGCGGUGUCGACAUCAAAUCACCAACGAUUCAUGACACAACAGCCAUUUGGCGAUUCAAUCAGAACAAGAGACCGAAAAACCUGAUACGAGAAUUCGCCUCGUGCAACGAAAAAGACUACCCUACAGUCGACCUAUCAUGCAUGCAUUACAAGUGCGGAAAAGUUCGCAGAAGUUACGAUGCAGACCGAAGGCGCACGAGGAUUGUCGGAGGCGUUCGUUCGAAACCGGGCGAUUGGCCAUUCCUUGCUGCUCUGCUCGGUGGCCCGGAAGAAAUUUUCUACUGUGCCGGAGUCCUCAUAGCCGAUCAAUGGGUACUGACAGCAUCACAUUGCGUAGGAAAUCACUCUGACGUUUCGGGAUGGACCAUCCAACUGGGCAUUACUAGAAGACAUGCGCAUUCGUUCUACGGGCAAAAAGUUAAAGUGAAGCGGGUAGUACCUCAUCCGAUGUACAACUUAGGAGUUGCACAUGAUAACGAUGUAGCUUUAUUCCAGCUCUCGAGCCGUGUGACUUUCCACGAACAUCUAUCUCCAGUGUGUCUACCGUCUGCAGAUAAAGAACUCAAACCGGGAACCAAGUGCACCGUCAUCGGCUGGGGAAAAAAGGAAGACACUGGAAUGUCCGAAUACGAACCGGAGAUCAACGAAGUAGUGGUCCCAGUCCUGAACAGGGACCUAUGUAACGCUUGGCUGGAGAACCGCGAUCUGAACGUCACAGAAGGGAUGAUCUGCGCUGGUUACAAGGAGGGUGGCAAAGAUGCUUGUCAGG